CCUUUAGUUGACGUAUGGAUAACCUAGAUGGUCCAAAACAAAUAGCAAAUUCGAGGAAGAAAUAGAAAUUUAAUUGAAAUUAGAUUAUUUCAAUUGAAAUUAUAGGACAAAAUGGCCGAUCAAGAAGUUCUUAAAGUCUUCAAAAAUGUCCUGUUCUAUAUCAGUUUUAUUUUAAUAGCUCCAAUAUCUACUUUCUUUGGGUCUAAGUCUAUAAUAUUUCAAGGUAUAUUUGGAGUGGACUCUGUUGCCAGUAAUAUAUGGUCUGCUGUGUUUGCUGUAGUAGUGUUACAUUUGGCACUUGGGAUGUAUAUUUAUCGGGCAUACUUUGACAGUGAGCCACCUAAGCCUGAUGUUAAAAUCGACUAAUAUAUUUGUCAGAUUUUUACAUAUUUUGAGGUGUUCAUUUGGAAUUAUUUCAAAAUGUGAUGAUAAUUUUAUGUAGUCUUUAAGUGCAACUGUAAUAUUUUGUAUGUUUGAAAAUAAUAAGUCCAACAUUUCAAUGAAA